UUGAAAAAAGUCGGUAGAAGGUGGACUUUAGCUACUCCACAACUGUGUGCUGGGGUCCAACUCAUUCUAUGUGUCUUGUAGCAAAAAUGCAUAAAAAUUAAAGAUUCCUCUCUGCUUUUUCUUCCUAAAUCAUCGCAAGAAAGAAUUCAAUUUUACAAAGCUUUAACAAAGUAGUGACAGCAAGAAGUACAAUACCAGCCAUUCACUGCAUUUUCCCAUGCUCAAUUAAACUCCAGUAUAUUUCAAUAUCUAGUUAUCCCAUUUGUUCUUCGCUUAUUUUCUUGUCCCAAUAAAUUUGGGUUCAGCUCUACGAAUUGUUUUCCGUCAUUUAGUUCAGUUCAUUAUUAGAUAUUCGGGAAUAUCUAAAGCAACGGCAUCCCUGUAUUCUUACCAACUUCUCUUUAUUCUCUUCGGUUCUUAAGUCCUAUCUUUUUCUGGUUACCAAAACAACGUAUUUGUAGUUGGUUACCUUCUUUCCCUUCUUCGACCUUGUCAAAUAGGGGUCUCUGCAGUAUGCAGUGCUGAGGUGUUUUCAGUUAUUGAAACAAUGAGCUGCAGAACCAGAAGUAAUAAUCAUCUUUUUUUCAGUUCAUUUUCACCUUUUUUUCUGUUCCUUUUGGUUCCUGCACUUGGCCUCAACUUAGAUGGAACUCUUUUGCUUUCUUUCAAGUACUCUAUUCUCAGUGACCCUUUAUCAGUUCUUGAUAAUUGGGACUACAAUGAUGUUACACCAUGUUUCUGGACUGGUGUAACUUGUGCUCAAGUUAAAACCUCGACAGGUGCCCCAAACAUGUUUCGAGUCAUUAGCCUAGUCCUUCCAAACUCCAAACUCCUUGGAACAAUCCCAGAAGAUUUAGGCUUCAUUGAACAUCUCCGGUCCCUUGAUCUUUCCAACAAUUUCUUGAAUGGAACUCUCCCAAGUUCACUUUUCAAUGCUUCAGAACUUCAGGUUCUUUCUCUGUCCAAAAAUUCAAUUUCUGGUGGACUACAAGAAUUCACUGGAGGAAAAAACAUUCUCAAGGUUCUUAAUCUCUCUGAAAAUGCAUUGGCCGGAAAUAUUCCGAAGAGUUUACCUUCUUUAAAGAAUCUGACAGUGGUUUCUUUGAGAAGUAAUUAUUUUUCAGGCCUGAUUCCAGGUGGAGUUCAGCAUAUUGAAGUCCUGGAUUUGUCUUCCAAUUUGUUUAAUGGAUCAUUGCCUGUUGAAUUUGGUGGGGGGAGUUUGAGAUACUUGAAUCUUUCUUUCAACAAGCUUUCUGGAUUAGUACCAUCAGACUUCGCGAACAAAAUCCCGGCAAACGCGAAAAUUGAUCUUUCGUUCAAUAACCUGACGGGCGAAAUCCCAGAAUCAAUGGCUUUAUUUAACCAGAAAACUGAUUCUUAUGCAGGAAAUAUAGAUCUCUGUGGGAAACCACUCAAAAAGCUUUGUACAAUUCCAUCAACGCUGUCGAAUCCACCCAAUGUUUCGACAAAUACUUCUCCUCCUGCUAUUGCGGUCAUACCAAAAACUAUCGGCUCGACCCCUCUGCCAAAUUCUCCCGGAACAACUUCAAGUGCUGCUCAAGAUCCACCACAACACAGGUUAAAACCUGGAGCAAUAGCAGGCAUUGCGGUUGGGGACCUGGCCGGUGUUGGACUUCUUGCAAUCGUAUUCCUUUAUGUAUAUCAAUUGAAGAAGACGAAAAAGGCAGAUUCUGCAGACAAAGAGACUCCAGUAGUUGGUGUACAUCAGUUCAAGAAAGAUUCAGAACCACCAAUCGAGAAAGAAGCACGAAAUGUUUCCACUUGGUCAUGCCUAAGUAUCGCGAAUGGUGAAGAAACAUCAGAAGCCACAGGAUCAGACAGUGAUGACUAUAAUAACAGCCAUGCCAUUGAUGAUAAAGUAGAUAAUGCAAAUCAACAGAUUGAGAAAAGCAAGAACCAAAGGUCCCUUGUGAUGGUUGAUGGGGAAACCCAACUUGAACUCGAGACAUUAUUAAAGGCUUCGGCUUAUAUUCUAGGAUCUAGUGGAGCUAGUAUAGUAUACAAAGCAGUGCUUCAAGACGGAACAUCAUUUGCUGUUAGGAGAAUUGGAGAAAGUGGAAUCGAAAAUCUUAAGGAAUUCGAGAAUCAAGUUAAGGUCAUCGCGAAGUUACGGCAUCCCAAUUUAGUUCCUGUCAGAGGGUUCUACUGGGGAGAUGAUGAAAAGCUAGUAAUCUAUGACUAUGUCUCCAAUGGAAGCUUGGCCAAUGUUGGUUUCAGAAAAGCCGGUUCAUCUCCAUAUCAUUUGCCUUUCGAAGUCCGGCUUAAGAUUGCUAAAGGAGUUGCCAAGGGACUGAGCUACAUCCAUGAAAAGAAACAUGUACAUGGCAACAUCAAGCCUAACAACAUUCUGUUGACAGCAGAAAUGGAGCCUGUGAUCAGUGAUUUAGGACUCCACUGGCUUAUAUAUGGAAAGCACAGACAAAAAUCAGACAGUUCUGCUAGGCAUUUUGGUAGCAACAGAUCAACAUCUUCACACGAUAAUGUACACGAUCAUCAGUCGGUUAGUGGCAGCCCCUACAUUGCGCCGGUAGGCUUUGUUGGGUGCACGUCCCCAUAUCAUGCACCGGAGCCGCUAAAAAAUCUCAAGCCUAAUCCCAAGUGGGAUGUCUAUUCCUUCGGAAUUUUGUUGCUUGAGCUUAUAACAGGCAAAGUAUUUUCGGACAGGGAAUUGAGACAAUGGACCACUGAUUUGGUUGUCCACGAUCCCAACCGGGUUCUAAGGAUGGCUGACAUGGCAAUAAGGGGUGAUGUGGCAAUCCGAGAGGAAGCCACGUUAUCGUGGUUUAAGCUUGGGUUCUCUUGUGCUUCAUUGAUUCCACAGAAAAGACCUUCCAUGAGGGAUGCAUUACAUUCCCUCGAGAAAAUCCCAUUUUCUUCACACUAAAUGAUGAUGUUGGAAGCAAAAGGAUAAAGUUGGAUAAAGCCAUAAAGGCAAACACUUUGUUCUUUUUUGACUAGGAAUAUCUGGUGCACGAUGAAGGGAUUGGAUCUUGUUAAUAAUUGAUGAAAAGUUUUAAGUUUUAUCGAUUAAUCAGAUUGCUAGUACUAUUUAUGAUGCUUUCUUGGGAUGAUCUUUUCUUUGUCAUUAAGCAAUUACACACAAUUAUUGAACUUUUUGCAUGCCACAGAGGCUGAUUAA